GGCAUGGCCUCGUGCGCCGGGGGCGGGACAUCACAGCGCGGGCGCGGCGCUUUUUCCCACGUCGCGGGCUCCUGGGCAGGCGUGUUAACCGCAUCCCAACUGACGGAAGGAGACAUGGGGGCCGUGGCCGCCAGGCGCUGCGUCGAGUGGCUGCUGGGCCUCUACUUCGUCUCGCAUAUCCCCAUCACGCUGUUUAUCGACCUGCAGCCCGUGCUGCCGCCCGAACUGUACCCGCAGCAGUUGAGCAGCCUGUUGCAGUGGUACUCCAGGGAGUUCAAGGACCCUCUGAUGCAGGAGCCCCCAGUGUGGUUCCAGUCCUUCCUGCUGUGUGAGCUUGUGUUUCAGCUGCCUUUCUUUCCAGUUGCCGCGUAUGCCUUCUUCAAAGGGAGCUGCCGGUGGAUCCGGAUCCCUGCCAUCAUGUACGCAGUUCACACCAUGACCACCUUAAUCCCAAUCCUCUACACAUUGCUAUUCGAGGAUUUCUCCAAGGCUGUUGCUUUCAAAGGACUAAGACCUGAGACUUUCCGUGAACGACUGACCCUCGUAGGUGUCUACGCCCCUUACUUGCUAAUCCCCCUCAUCCUGCUGCUGUUCAUGCUGCGGAACCCUUACUACAAGCAUGAAGAGAAACGAAAGAAAAAAUAAGGGGCAGCCACUAGCCUGGUGGGGAGAUCCCACAGCACAGUGCCUGUGGACAACACAAGAAAACUGCUCUGAACCCAUUUCAGCAGCAUUUGAAACACACCAACAACAGUGCACAGGAACAGGAUAGUGGCAAGAGCCACGCCACGCCUCGC